UCGUUCGCAAAUGAAUUUUGACCCUCUUCUUUCGCUGUACUGGUCGUGUCAGAAAGAUGGCGGACAAGGAGCUUUGACGCAUCCGUUUUGCUGCUACAAAUGCUUACUUUCACGUCUCCUGACUCGUUCUGGCUUGCGAAUUCGGCUCGAAGCGAUCAAGCAUCCAGAUUUCAAUCGAGACCAUGCCUUCGGCCUGUGAUGCCGCGAUCGACGACAUUGAGGACAUGGUGUCUUCAAGUGACCCCACCCCUCAUGAGAGGCAGUCCGCUCGGAAGAGUAUCAUACCGAGGUCCAGGAAAAAAAAUGACAUCUUGAACAGAGAGGAGCUCCAGGCUGACAGUCUGAUUCCCGGCACCCAGAAAAUCUGGAUGAAAACGUGGGGCUGCAGUCACAACAACUCGGAUGGAGAAUACAUGGCCGGACAGCUUGCCGCGAGUGGAUACACAAUGACAGAUGAACCAUCAGAAGCAGAUUUAUGGCUUCUGAACAGCUGCACUGUCAAAAGUCCUGCAGAAGACCACUUCAGAAACUCAAUCAAAAAAGCCCAAGAGCAAGAGAAGAAAGUGGUGGUAGCUGGUUGUGUUCCACAGGCCCAACCUCGAAUGGACUAUCUCAAAGGGCUCAGCAUCAUAGGGGUCCAACAGAUUGAUCGAGUGGUAGAGGUGGUGGACGAGGCUGUCAAAGGUCACUCUGUUCGUCUUUUGGGCCAGAAGAAAGAUGGAGGUCGGAGGCUUGGGGGAGCCAGACUGGACCUGCCCAAGAUAAGGAAAAAUCCUCUGAUUGAAAUCAUCUCCAUUAACACAGGGUGCCUGAACGCGUGUACCUACUGCAAGACAAAGCAUGCCAGAGGAGAGCUGGCCAGCUAUCCCAUCGAAGAGCUGGUUGAGAGAGUGCAGCAGUCUUUUAAAGAGGGAGUGUGUGAAAUCUGGCUGACCAGUGAGGAUACGGGAGCUUACGGUCGAGACAUUGGGACUGACCUCCCCACGCUACUGUGGAGGCUGGUGGCAGAAAUCCCCGAAGGGGCCAUGCUCAGGCUCGGUAUGACCAACCCGCCCUAUAUCCUGGAACAUCUUGAGGAGAUGGCCAAGAUACUGAACCAUCCGCAGGUCUACGCCUUCCUUCACGUUCCUGUGCAGUCGGCCUCAGACAGCGUUCUCAUGGACAUGAAGAGAGAGUACUGCAUUGAGGACUUCAGACGAGUAGUUGACUUCUUGAAAGAGCGGGUCCCAGGUGUAACAAUUGCGACAGAUAUAAUCUGCGGCUUUCCUGGCGAGACAGAGGAAGACUUCAGAGAAACUAUAGACCUGGUGAAACGUUAUCGAUUCCCCAGUCUCUUCAUCAAUCAGUUCUACCCCAGACCCGGGACGCCAGCCGCCAAAAUGGAGCAAGUGCCUCCGCACGUGAAGAAACAACGGACAAAAGAACUUUCUCAACUGUUUCACUCCUACAACCCUUAUGACCACAAGGUUGGGGAGAGACAGCGUGUGUUGGUGACCGAGGAGUCCUUCGAUUCGCAAUAUUAUGUGGCUCACAACAAGUUCUACGAGCAGGUACUGGUGCCCAAGAGGUUGGAGUUCAAAGGGAAAAUGAUUGAAGUUGACAUUUACGAGGCAGGAAAGCACUUCCUGAAAGGACGACCGGUGGAAGACAGUAAACCUUUCACUCCCUCCAUCACUGCGCCACUUCAAAAAGGAGAAGUGUCAGGCCUGAUGCAGGAGCAGAUGGCAAAUGGUGUCCAAGGUCCCUCUUCUAUGUCUCCCCCUCUUUUGUUGAUGGGGUCUCGCAGUGUGGAUCGAGAGCUAUUGAAGAGGCUGGGUGUCGUACUGACGGUGGCGGCCGCCUUACUGGCUUUUAUUGCACAGAGGAUCUAUUAGCGACGUAAGCGGAGCCGUAACCAGGGAGAGCGCGGCCACGUAAUUGGGGUCUUUGAAUGGGAGCCACAUCAUCAAAUUCUCCUCCCUGUUUCUCUCUGUACGGUGCGCACUCAAAGCGGGGAAACGACAUUUUGAUUGGAUUUUUCUUUUCUUUUAAUCGGACAUCAUUCGGCCAUUAUUCGAGUCGUUUUUGUGUACAUCUUUCAUUUCAAGCCGCCUCCGGCGCGAAGUGCUGUGCUUCCAGUUGUCUCGAUGGAGCACGCCAGCGACCUCCUCGCGGUCCACAGCUCCGUCUGCCCUUGUGCGCCGCUUGUGGACUCGCAGAUUCUUGCUCGGGUUUUUACACCGGCAUGAUGAGCUCUAUCCAAAGGCGCGCGCAGAUACUUUUUGAUUUUCACACUAAGAAUGAGACUUUUUCUUUCUUGGAAACGUCAUAAAUGUCGCUUUCGUUUGAUAUGUUUUUACGAAUGCGCUACACAAUGAAAACAUUUUAACAA